AUGAGAUUCAGACCAAGCUACAGAAGAAGAUACGAUACAAAAGGUUUCAGAUCUAAUAGAACUCAUAGAAGUGAACCACGAAAGGCUUCUGGUCGUGAUAGAAGAGGCUACAGAAGAUAUUACCACCAACAACCUUCAAAAUAUGUUUAUGUUGAAGAACCUGAUAGUGAAAUUGAUCCAACUGAGGAUGAAGACGAAAUACUCCACAAUGAAGAAUAUGAACAAGAACCAGUUGUGUAUUAUGAUGAUGAUGAGGAAGACGAUGAAGACGAGGAUGAAGAUAUUUACUAUGAUAGCGAUGAGCAACCAGUUGAAUAUUAUGAAGAAGAUUCCAGUGAUGAUGACGAUGCUAAAGAAGAAUUACCAAUUUAUUUCUACAACGAGGAUGGUGCUGAUGCUGAUGAUGUCGAGAUUGCUUAUGUUGACUCUGAUGGCAAUGAAUUUAUCAUUGACAAUGAUGUCUUGGAAGAAGCUAUCUUGGAUGAAUUAGAAGCUAAUGGAAGAGUUCAUGACUUAAACAAUGAGAUCGUUGAAUAUUAUGACGAGAAUGAUGGAUUAAGUUCAAGUGAUUCUGAUAGUAGCAGUGAAAGCGAUUUAGAAGUCGAUUCAUUGAGUGAAUCUGACUCUAGUGAUGAAAGUGGUGUUGAAUCAGAAGAAUCUGAUGUUGAACAAGAAUUGAAAGAAGACUUAUUAUUAGAACUUAUUAGAAGAGAAUUUGAAGAAGAAUUAGUUAGUUCUGAUGAACUUACUUCUGAUGAUGAAGGUUCUGAAUUAGGGUCUGAACCAGAAUAUUUUGAAGUUGAUACCGAAGAUGAAGAAAAUUCUGAAGAUGAAGGAAUCACUAUAUAUAAAAGUCUAGUUUUACCAGAAAACAUUGAGGAUGAAGAUGUUGUGUUUUACGAUGAUCUUGGAGAAGAAUCCGAAAAUGAAACUACUGGUGAUACAAAAUUGCUUGCAGACGAUAGUGAGGAUGAGUUUCAAGUAAUUGAUUUGACAGAGGAUUUAAAAAAUAGUCUGGACUAUAAAUUGGAAGAGAUUGAUGCCAACACUUACAAGUUGAACGUCAGAUUUCCUUCAUUAGUCAAAGAUGAGUUGAAGAUUGAUUUUUUGAAAAACGAAAACGAAUUGGUCAUCAAAGGGAAAUUGAAUUUAAACGAUGCAGAAAUUGAUGAAGAAGUUGAAGAAGUGAGCGAAGAAGAUGAUAAUGAUGUGUCGGAAGAUGAUAGCGAUGCUGACUCUUUUGUUGAAGAGCUCAAAGAAAAAGAUAAGAAUAAGCGUGCAAAAUUGGCAGCCAUUUUAGCAGAAUUAGAGAAAGAACAGCCUGAGGAGGAUUCUGAAGAAGACGACGAUUUUGCAAGUGCUAAUGAAGAAGACGAAGACGAAGAAGAUAGUGAAGAACUCAGUGGAGACGAAGAUACUUUUCUCGAACAAAUAAAACAAGAUGCAAAGUCCGCUAAAGCAUCUAGAAAAGAAAGAAUUGCAGAAAUUUUGGCCGAUUUAAAAGCUCAAGAAGAGAAUUAUAAUGAAGAAUCUGAUGACGAUUUUGAUGCUGAUAAAUGGGAAGGUGUUGAGAGUGAAGGCGAUAAUCAAUCUAGUGAUGAUUCCGAAGAAAGCUCCAGUGAUGACGAUGAAGAGAUUCAGGAAGACGAAGAAGAAUUAGCUAAACAAUAUAAAAACCAAGAGGUCCAUUUUGAAAAACAUUUCCAAUUUGAUAAAGUGAUUAAAUUCAACAAGAUUAAAGCCAGAUUCAUUGGUGAAGAUGAAUUGGAAUUAAUAAUUCCUAAUGAGAAUAAGACUGUGGAUGAUGGUAAUUGUAUGUCAAUUGGCAUUGAACCUCUUCAAGAUGACGAUAGUAGUAUUACAGAAGAAAGUGAUAAUACAGUUUCAAUUCCUUCUCUUAAGGAAGUUGAAGAUGCCAUAAUGGAAUAG